AUGCACACAUGGCCUUUAUUUUACUGUUGUUACUUGUUAAAGUCAGAGUUAACACGGAAUACAUAUGUUGGAUCAACAAAUAAUCCUUUAAAAAGGCUUCGGCAACAUAAUGGAGAAAUUGCUUCAGGAGCACAUAAAACAGCAUCAGGACGCCCAUGGAAUGUAUGUAGGAUAGUCUUUCGUUAUUUUGUGGAGUUUUUUGUUGAUUUUUUUCUUAAAAAACAGAUAGUUUGUUUUGUUUAUGGGUUUCCAUCAAUAGUUUCUGCUUUGCAAUUUGAAUGGGCAUGGCAGAAUCCAAAUAUAAUUUUUAAAGCUCAAAAAAAUGAAAAAAACCAACAUGAUAAUCAAAUAAUAAAUAAUACAACCCAACAUGUAUUUCCUCGUAGACAGGGGGUUCGUACCUCUCUGAAAACAAGGGUUUAUGUCCUUUAUAGUAUGUUGAUAAUGAAUAUAUGGAAAAAUUGGCCUCUGAAAAUCAAAAUUUUUGAUCAACGUGUAUGGAAAUUGUGGGAGGAAUUUCAUUCUUCUACUAGUGUAAAAAUAUCACCGUGGAUGAAACCAGAGUGUGAUAUUUUCUUUAGUUCAGAAAAUAUAAAAAAAAAUACAAAUUUAAAAACAAAUGAUCCAAUUAGUAUUGAGAGAAAAAGAAUAUUGUAUCCUGGGGAAAUAGGAGAUAAAAGAUAUUCUGUUUUAAGGGAAAUUGAUAUUAGCCAAAAUAAAAUGUCGCAAAUUGCAUUUGAAAUUCUUCGGAAAAUUAAAGAAAAAAAUAUUAAUUUGUGCAUGGUUUGUAAAGGUGCAUGUGAUCUUCCAGAAUUAGACUCUGAAGAUGCUGCAUUAAAAUAUUCUCAACUAAUUAUUUGUCCAACGCAAAAUUGCUUAAGUAUAUUUCACUUAUUAUGUUUGGCGAAGUGGAAAUUAGGUUCUGAAACAGAAAAUAAUAUUUUAAUUGAUUCUUACGUGUGUUUUUCUUGUAAAAAAAGUAUUAUUUGGGGGGAUUGCAUUCGUCUUCAGUAUUGUAUAUUGAGGAAAACAAAUACUUAUUCGGAAAAUGUAUCGGUUUUAGAAACUAAAAGGCACUAA